UUCACCUCGAACCUCCACUCCACCCUCCCAAGUCCCUUUGACCUGACCGUACCUGUUAAUCACCUCCUCGAAGAGGAAACAGGUCUGCGUCUUGUCUUUGACCUUCAACUACCACGCUCCCUACCUCAUUGCCAACUUAUCGCGUGUGAACAAUGGCGUCUUUGUGAUUUAACCUUCGAGACGUGUAGUACAUCGCGUGCUCGGCCUGGAGUACCCCUCUUUUGCAGGCGUCUUCGCCAACAGCUAACCAACUCUUACUCUGCUUUGUGUAUUAUUACCAUAUGGCAGCAGUAUUUAUACCCCCUUCGCCUCAGACCUCCCUGAACAUGUCGAGUCGCCGACCACUCGCAAACGUGCCGAAUGCUACUAACUCCCCCCAUAGGGCAGGCCUCGUGCCUGCCAAACGCCCUCGAACCACAAAUGCACCAGUCGAUAUCCCUUACGGCCAGCCACCACCCAAGAAGCAGGUAAUUGACGGGGUAGAAGGCGAUAGUCGUUCACCAACCCGUACCAGACCUGCUACUUUCCAGAACGCAGAUUCCAAGCUCUUCACACGUCGUACGAACAAUACCCAACCAAGUGCUUUUGAGAGAAAACUGGUCGCUGUGAGGGAUAAAGAAAGACAAUCUCAGCUUAGAGGGACUCGGCACGAAAGACCAUCGGCGGAAACCAUUGAUUCUAUACGGCAAUGGCAGAGGCAUUAUCGGAAGGCUUUCCCCCAAUUUGUCUUUUAUUUUGAUAGUAUUCCUGAGGAUCUGCGCAGCAAAUGCUCGCGACAAGUCCUUGCAUUGGGAGCUCGUGAGGAGAAAUUCUUUUCGCGUCUAGUAACACAUGUUGUCACGUCGCGCCCUAUCCCUCCAGAAACCGAUGUGGCGAGCCCGGCAGAGAUCAAUACGGAAUCGGUCGAUCAAGUUGCUGGAGAUGGCACCCUGCAGACGGUAAACCCGUCAUUACUCGAGAAAAACCCUGAUGCGCACCUACAUAUGUCGCUCAAGAAUGACGCGCGGCGUGAGCAUAGCAAUAUGGAUGUCUUACAUAGGGCUCGCCAGAUGGGAAUGAAAAUAUGGGCUAUUGAGAAACUUCAACGGAUGAUUGCCACGAUCAAUGAUGGAGACAUUGGUGGUAAUAGUGGCCAUUCGACCCGAAACAGCCAUGUCGGUGGUGGGCAUUCUAGGGGUAGAGGCGAGGCAGACCUUUCGCAAGUUCUUCAGAAUGAGCUUAACGGAUCCUCUGACCGUAACCCUCUCUCCGUAUUGAAGGAUCUGGUCAUGUUCAAAGGCCCAUUUGUCUAUGUUCAUGAUAUGGAUGAGAAGACAAGGCCUGUUAUGGUUCGCGAGUAUCCGAAAGUUGUAAGACGACAAGACGGUAUCUGGCCACAAUUCAGAAGUGCUCCGCUGGGGAAAUGUCCCUUUAUCGAUGAACCUCCUACAAAGAAAGAGCUAGAAAGGCAGCGGGCGCGUCAACAAGAGAAGAAAAAGGCUGCUUCAAAGGUUGCCCCUAUCCAAGAGGCUCAGGUUCAAAGAACAAAUGUUACCAAAUAUGCUAUUGAGAAAGCAACUGAUCGCGUACCUAAAAAAGAGUAUAUCCCUCAAGAUGUUGAUGAGGAGGCUGUAUCUCAGCCUAAACAGCCGGAAAUGCAGGAGAUGCAGCCAACCCGACCGUUAUCCCCGAAGAAAAGCUCUGAAAGUUUUGUUCCUCCGCAGCUAAAUCAUGGUGGAGGAUUUUAUACUGGUGGUCGUGAACCCGCGGCGUCGGGCAUGCAACCAUCAAAUAUCACUUCUGCUAUCCGUUCCCAGAUGGUGUCCUCUACUGCCGCAGCGCCUGGUGCAAAAGCUGGCAUAAGCAAAGAGGUCCAUGAGCUAAAGAGAAAAGUCCUCGAAAAGAGCAAUGGGGGAUACUCUGCUGGCACGGGCCCUUCGUCGUACCGGACUACAGAUGCUACGGCGGCGCUGAAGAUGACGAAGACUCAGGGCAAUCGGCAGGGCACGUUAGACCCGCCUGAGAAGCUUGGGAACGUCAUUGAGGAGGAAACCACCCAAUCGGAGAGCAAUGAUGCUGGAAAACGGCGAAACAGCAUACGAAAAGGCACCUGUCAAAAGAAAAAGGAGAGAAGGAGGGACCCAAAACCAGGCUAUUGCGAAAAUUGCAGGGAUAAGUUUGACGAUUUCGAAGAGCAUGUUAUGACAAGAAAACACCGCAAGUUCGCGACCAACAGCGCAAAUUGGGCAGAACUAGACUCGCUACUCUUCCAGCUACAGCGCCCACUCAAGGAUGAAUAUGACGACCCUUCUGGAAACCAUGACAACAAAGGGUAAAGAAGGAAAAAAAAAGAAGAAAACGGAAAAAAAAAAAAGUUUCUAUAGGAGUGACUGGCGUGGAGAUAGGUGACACGGAGUUUCUUUUUGAAAGCAUUCACCAUUUAGUACAUGCAUCGCAUUGAGAGACGUCAUGCUCUCUUGGAAGGAAAUAUUGCAUUGGUAUGCAUUUGGUUCAUUAAUUUUUCGAACCUUCUUCUCUAUACACCCUUUUCCUUUGUUCGUUUGUUGAUUAAACUCAUGGGUGGAUGUGUUCAUGGGGUUGCAUGACUUAAGGCUCGAAUGCCCUGGGUUGGGGGUGGAGUUUUCUUUUCUCGUGAGUAUUGGUAGCUGGCAUAGCCUAAUACUUCUAUUUAGUGCUCGACCAAGCUAGAACUGACCAAAAAUGUUGGACUUAUGCGGACCUCAGGUCCAUGAAUAAAUUUACAUUCUAUUC